AUGGAUUUACCCACAGACGGAAAGCCCCUUAAAUCUCAUCUCAGAAGAAUCAGUGUUUUGGUUUUACUUCUUCUCCUAACACACCACUGCAGAGGUCAGUCUCAGCUGAUUGGCUCACCUCAGCCAAUCGUAGCAAACAUUGGUGAUGACAUCAUUUUGCCGUGUUAUCUGGAGCCGGCGGUAAAUGUUGCCGGUUUGACGUUGGAGUGGACGAGGCCCGACAUGGACCCCAGGUUCGUCCAUGUGAUGCGUUCUGGUCACGAAAUGGUGGAUAAAAAACACACAUUUUUCAAGGGAAGAACUUCAAUGUUCACCGAUGAGCUGAAGAACGGAAACAUUUCUCUGAAACUCUCCAACGUACAAUUCUCUGAUCACGGGAAAUACAGAUGUUUCAUUCCAGAAGUGGGCAGCCAAACUUUUGUUAAAUUGGUUUUUGGUAAGUGA